CAUUUGUCGUUUGUUUGUUCAAACUUUGACUGUUUAUUUUAUUGUAACUAAUUACAGUUUAAAGUAAAUUCACUUUCAGUAUGAAAUCUAUAGGUUUAAGUACUUCUGUGUAUGAAAAUUAUGUCAGAGUAAGCUAUUAAUGUUUCAAGUAAAAUUAGCAUCGCCAGCUUAAAAAACUUCAAAUUGUAAAGUGAACUGGCUUUCAAGUACAUAACUAAUUUUUAACAUCAGGUUGACUAUGGAAAAUAUUGACGAACUAAGAGAGACGGAACUUGGUCAGCUGAAAGCCAAGCUGGAUGAGGAAUUUCGAUAUAAAGUGAAACUGGAGGAACAGGAUAAGGUAGUAUGGGAACCAAGGAUUCUGAAUCAAAGACUGAGAAGAUCGUCUUCGUUUGUGUGUAGCGAUUAUCAUAGACCAGAUAAUGACAGACCGAAACCAAAAUCUGUGACACCAGCAAGCCCUUGGCAGUGUCAGAGUCAGGCAUUACGGCAGCUUAGUUUAGUACCAAGAUUUGGUCCCAAACAGUACUAUAUCAACAAUACACAGGUGCACAAUAUCACUGACAAGUAUCUAAGUGGCGCUUCGACACAAGCACUCGGACUGUGCUAUGAUCCGAAAACCGUCGCCAGUUUUUGAUAGAACAUGGAUAUAACAAGAGUGGUGCUAUACAAAGAACAUUAUGCAAAACGUUGUUAUUCUGUUGCAGUUAUGAUUGUUAUAGUUAAACUUCUUGAGUUAUGCAGAUAUUUGUUUUUAUAUUAUGUUUGCGGAGAUUACAUAUUUUAACAUAGAUUAUAAUAUUUUAAAUAUAUUUCCAUAAGUA